AUGCGGCCCGCCAGCUCGUGGCUCCACGCGGCGGCCCUGCUCUCCGCAAUAACCACACCUUCGCAAGCCGUCAAGCUUCCGCUGCCCGUUAAGCUUAUUCAUCAAUUCCCGGCCCCAACAUAUCUCAAUAGCCUUUACGUGCGACCGAACGGAGAUAUCUACGUCACAACAGUCUGGCCAGAUGCCUCGAUAUACAGCGUCUCCGGCGCAAAUACAGACACGCCCACCGCAUCCCUAGUUCACACGUUCGACGAGAUCAAUGUCGCGACAUCCAUCACGGAGGCUGAGCCUGGUGUUCUAGUCUUCCUCGGCGGCAACCAGAGCAGUAUUGGCGUUGGAAUAUUCGGCACGUUUGGCGUUUAUGAAAUUGAUCUUCGUCCCCAGGCCAAGGGAGAGAAAGCAUCCAUCCGGUAUGCUGUACCGAUGCCAGACGCCGGGCUCAUGACUGGCAUUCAAUCACUACCUGACUCACCAUCGACUUUGCUAGUCAGCGACUCGUUUCUUGGCUUGGUGUACAAGGUCGAUACUAUAACGGGCAAAUACGAGGUCGCGAUCAAAGACGAAGCCUCGAUGGGCCAUCCCUCAUGGACGGUGACACCCUUCGGAAUCAACAAUAUGCAGAUCCACAACGGGUAUCUGUACUGGACAAACAGCUAUUUGGCAUCCGUGUACCGGGUCGCUAUCACCAAAGAUGGAUAUGCUGUUCCCGGGUCGAAGAUUGAGUUGGUCAAGAGGCUGCAGACCAUUUAUCUGGAUUCAAUUUGCCUUGGCCCUGGCGACAGUGAUACGAUCUGGGGUGCGACCAAUGCAGAUAAUCGACUUGUUGCGAUCACUCCAGAUGGAAAUGCGACUUUCGUUGCCGGUGGACCGACUGAAAUGACGAUCGCUGGAUCUGUUGCGCCGGGAUUCGGCACGCUCCCGGGCGAUACCAAGACUCUGUAUGUUGCUACUGGGGGCGCGCUCCUUUUCCCCGUCAAUGGCACAGUGACGGAGGGUGGGAAAAUUGUUGCCGUAGAUACCACCGGCUUCGGGGCGGAUGAGAGCAAGCCUCGAGAAAAGGUACAGCCGUCUAUCACAUUUAGCCCGCAAACCACAUCUUGGGUUGAUUACCUCUGGCAAUUGCCUUUGAAGCACCUAUCUCUUCGUCGAAGCUGA